ACCCAUGCACCCACCACCUUGGGGAGAUGGGUCCCCAGGUCCCCUUCUCGUGCAACGGUGCAGUCCCCUUGUCUGGGGCUGGGGAGAGCUUCACCUGCCUUGCUGGGCGGGCAUUGCGGCUGAGGCGUUGACCUUGGGCUAGGCUAGGCCUGGCUUGGUCAAGGGUCUCUAUCCCAUUUGGUGUUAGGCCCCAUAGGCCCGUGGCUCGUUAAACGUUAACGGCGGUUUUGAUGAGCGGAAAUCGAGACCUCGACGAGUUGCCCUCGUUGCACCAUCCAAGCCCAGUGUAUUUACGCCAGUUUCGGGUGCUUCCCCCCCACUUGGCUGCCAUCUGUUGGUUGUCGGCGAUUUGGCUUUGGCGCUUCCAGUGGGUGAGGAAUGACGUGAGAUUUGGUCUCCAGCGUCUUGAAGUGAUGGCAAGAAUUUUCCCUUCAGAACCAGACCGUGAUGCUUCCCAGAGGAACUCGACAUCGCGACUGGAUCGCGGCCCCAGAUCCUUGACGGCGGGACAACCGCCAUCAGAGAAGGGCCCGUCAACUCGGCAAACUGACGGCGUGCAACAGAGUACAGCGUCCCAGGCACGCGGCAAUCUGUUGCGGCAUCGUCAAAGGCACGCAGCACGCCUGUGGCACAGCUUUCCAGCGCGCUUGGAAUCCAUGCCUCAAUGCCAGCGAUGGCUAACGACGUGGCAUCGUAAAAUCCACGGCCAUGGACAUGGUGCACAUGGAUGGUCCAUAGGCUACCGCGGAACUUGGGAAUUGAGGUGGUGUCCAGAUCGGGUCAUGUUUUUCGAGAUUGAGAUCUGUGGCUUGAUAAGCAAUCAUUGUCGUAGAACCCAGUUGGAACAUUGAAGCCGUUAUUGAGACAAUAUUCUGGCCCUUCAAUUGAAAACACUGGUGUGCAAAUCCAAUGCCAUUGUCAAGAGGUUGCAUUAUCUCCCGCAGAAGCUCAUCGGGUUUUGGGAAGAUGGGACAGCGAACGGACCACCGCUAUUCGUCAGGGCAGAGAACCAGAAAUCCAUAGGGCAGACUUCGGACAACCAGAGAAUCACCACCUGUCAAUGUUGUGUGUUUAAUCGAAUCGAGUACCUUGACGAUCCUGAAUGUCCUUUCAUCUCGAUGAAUAUGCAUGUUACAG